UCAGGCGGGAAAGAGCUCCCUAGAAGCUCCAUAUUCCAUGUUACACUUUCCACCACAAUCAGUUCCGAAAUAGCAGAAUCCACUGGGAGACCCUUUGAAGGCGAGGAGAUAAAAUGGUGUGGUAAGCUCGGAACCCACUUAACGCCCCAGAUCCUUAUCGACACGUCGUUAGACAGGUAUCUUCUUCAAUUCCUGACUUCCCCGUGUCGUUUCCCUCACGAAGAAUAAGCUAUCAUCCGUGAAGAAAAGGUGAGACACAACCGAAGCCCCAAUAGUUACCUGGAAAUCAUGGAUCCUCUUCUAAGCUGCCCUGCUAUCAUCCGUGAAGAAAAGGUGAUCCUCUUCCUAAGGACGUGUAGGAAGACAGUUCCUCCGUACACAGCAGAAACAGGUACGGCGAGAGGGGAUCUCCCUGUCUCAGGCCACGGCUAGGGACAAUUCUCGGGGAUUGAUGACCGUUAACAAGGAUGGAAUAUGUGACAGAGCUCACACACUUCAUAAAAAC